ACGUCGUCUCCCGGUGACGUGUCAGUUUGUUUACAGCGCCGCAGCGGCACGGAACAUGGCGGUGGACAUAACUUUACUCUUCAAAGCCAGCGUGAAGACGGUGAAGACCAGGAACAAGGCGAUAGGAAUCGGCUUCGACUCCACCAAAGAUGAGAUUUUCAAGCGGAGCAGAACGAAGAGCGGCUUCUCUCAGAAGGCGAAGGAAGUGAUCGCGAACAUCACCAAGCUCAAAGACUUUCUGCUACUACACAGGAAAGAUUAUGUGAGCGCUGGAAGUCUCAUCUCAUCCGAUCUCACCCGGAUGACAGACAGUGAACGAGAUCAGAUCGACCAGGACGCUCAGAUCUUCAUGAGGACCUGCUCUGAAGCCAUCAAGCUGCUACGCAAUGAAGCAGGGAAGAAUGUGACAUCAGCCCAGACAAAGGAGCACAGAGGUGCAGUGCUGGACCUCAUUGAAAUGUAUCUGAGGGGAGUGUGUAAGCUGUAUUCUGAGCAGAGAGCCAUCAGAGUCAAGAGAAUGGUGGACAAAAAGAGACUGUCCAGACUGGCACCAGAACAUCACAGUCGGGUGGAGAAAACACGAGAGGUCGAGCCCACGGAGGAGAAAACUGUAAAGGAGGAAAGUUCUGAUAAGAGUGUGUUAGAGGUCCUGGACAACACUGUGGAACACCUGUGGGAGGAGGGCCGUGUGGAGGACGAGCUCUCUCCUGAGGAGAUCCAGAUGUUUGAACAGGAAAAUCAGAGGUUGGUGAGUGAGAUGAGCAGCCUGGUGGAUGAAGUUAGGCAAAUCGAGGGGAAGGUGGUAGAGAUCUCUCGACUUCAGGAGAUCUUUUCUGAGAAAGUGCUGCAACAAGAAACGGAGAUAUACAGUAUUCAUCAGCUGGUUGUGGGGGCUACAGAGAACGUGAAAGAAGGCAAUGAGGAUAUACGAGAGGCAAUCAAAAACAACGCCGGCUUCCGGGUGUGGAUCCUCUUCUUCCUCGUCAUGUGCUCUUUCUCUCUCCUCUUCCUGGACUGGUAUGACAGCUAACAUAACCGCGAGCGUGGAGUCUCUCUGGGUACACGACAGGAAACUGCCUGGCUCUGGCACAUACUGGUGAUCUCAUUAACAAGUGAUGACAACACUGAGACUGAAUGUUCGGUUUUCCCAUGAUGGACAGAGUGGACAAGUUGUUCUUCGUGAAGAGGUCUUGAUUCAAGUGGCGAUGGCAGUGCUUUUAGGGGCGGCAUCAGUGUGUUUAAAAGCACUUCUGUGAAGUCGGGCUUUGUAGGGAGCACUGUAUCUACUUAUACGUGUUUGUGAGGUUGGACGCUCUUUCUUUGUCUGUCACUGAAUGAUAAGGUUGUGAUUGGCUGCCACUGCUUUUAAUCUAAUUGACUGAAAGAAAAAAAAAUGGUUUCUGUUGAUCUCAUUUGGAAUCAUUUGCUUUAAUGCCCUAUAGGACACUGUAUAGACUUGCAUCUUCUAAUGUCUUUAAAUAGAUCAAACACCCGGUGUCCCUCUGUGACAUUUCAUUUAUACAUCACUGUCAAACCAAUGAGAAUGUUUUGCUUUCUGGGCAUUAAUUUGAUAUCUCUCAAAACAUAACUGCACUGACGCACCACUCACAUUCGAGUAAAAUUCAGCAAUAUCCUUAAUUAAAUUCUGUCUUUCUUGA